GUCAUAAUUGUGACGUUGUUGCUGGCGUCGUCAUUGUUGUCGAUACUAGUAGUAGUGGUGGGUUCUCUAUUUCAGUGUCUAUUACAAAUAAUACUAUAACUAUUUGAGAUCAUGUAGGUAGUAAAAACACUGCAGCUGCUGAUAGUAUCUACACUACGUAGUAGUAGCAGUAGUAGUAGUAACUUUCACUUUUCUGGAAGUUCAGUGUCUGGCAAUAAUAGGAACCACACAACGUUUAUAACCGGCCGCGAUUUAGAGAAACACGGAUCUAAAUUACAUUUCAAGGUCUUCACAAGUGGAGUUUUGUGUCCCAAGAAGGAAAGGAGAUGCCAAAAUUAAUUCCAUUUGCUGAACAGAAGUUUCACAAAUUACGUAAUGAGUGUCGGAAGAAAUCUAUAUUAUUUACUGAUCCGAAGUUCCCAGCAAACAACUCUGCAAUCUUCUUUAGCAGAAGUCCUCCAAGUGGCAUUAUAUGGAAGAGACCAGGAGAUAUUGCAGAGGACCCCAAGUUCUUUUUAGACUCAGCAAGUGCUGAAGAUUUUGCACAAGGCAGUUUAGGAAACUGUUGGUUUGUUGCAGCUUGUGCUUCUGUGGCUGAGAACCCUGAUCUAUGGAAAAAGGUUGUUCCAGAUUAUGAAGAACAGGAAUGGAGUCCUAAGAAUAAAUAUGCAGGAAUUUUCCACUUCAAGUUCUGGCAGAUGGGUGACUGGGUUGAUGUUGUUGUUGAUGAUCUUUUACCAACAAUUAAUGGAAAACUUAUUUUCGCUCAUUCAACUUCAAAGAAUGAAUUUUGGAGUGCUUUACUUGAGAAAGCAUAUGCAAAAUUGUUUGGAUCUUAUGAAGCCCUAACAGGAGGGAAAUCUCGUGAUGCUAUGGUUGAUAUGACUGGAGGUGUGGGAGAAAGUGUAAGAUUAAGUGAAUACAGAAGCCAAGAGAAGAAAGCAGAACUAUUUAAAUCUUUGCUCUAUGCCUACGAGAACAAGGCUUUGAUGAGUGCAUCAAUAAUGGCAGUGACGCAAAGAGAAAGGGAGGCUCAAAAUGAAGAAGGUCUUGUGAAAGGACAUGCCUAUAGCAUCACUGCUGUUAAAAAAUUGAUAAUUGGCACAUCUCUUUUAGCUUAUUUUAAACGUGAAAAAGUCUACAUGGUUCGAUGUCGAAAUCCUUGGGGUGGAGUUGAAUGGAAAGGUGCAUGGAGCGAUGGGUCACCUGAAUGGCAAAAUGUCAGUGAAAGUACAAAGAAAGAACUUGGAUUAACUUUGGAUCACAAUGAUGGAGAAUUCUGGAUGGCGUUUGAUGAUUUUUGUCAAUUCUAUACUGACAUUGAUAUUUGUCAUAUUGUGAACACCAAGAGGUUGACCUGGAAAAUGACAUGGAAAGAAUUUAUCUAUAAAGGAGAAUGGAAACCACCUAACAGAUGGGGAGGAUGUGGAAAUAAUGAAAAUUUCUUAGACAAUCCUCAGUAUCUAUUCUGUAUACAUGACACCCAAGAAUUACUGCUGUCUUUGGAACAAUCGGAAAAACGGUCAAGUAAGAAGAAAGGUAAAGAAAACGACGUGAUUGGCUUCACAGUUUUUCGGGCCGGCAUCAAUCAGAAAUAUAGAAUUCACAACAAACUCUACGAUAGAAUCCAUUCAGGCCCUUUUUCUAAUGCUCGAGGAGUAUUUGCAAGAGUUGCCUUUAAAAAAGGGGUUUACUGUAUCAUCCCAUCGACUUUUGAAUCAAAAAUACGUGGGGAAUUCAUAUUACGUAUUUAUGCUACUUCAAACAUAAAGUUGAGAGAACUUAUAAAAGAUGGUCCUAAAGCUACGCGCUUUUUCAGAGCACCCUAUUUAGCAGCUACAGCAGUCAAUAUUUUUCGCGGAGAACAGCUUUUUACUGAUACCAGUCAACCCACUGCUUUCUCCUUCCGGCAUAAACAAGAAAAGGAAAACAACCAACAAAAAGAUUUGACGCAUAAAGUAUACUGUAUAAUACGGUGUGAGAAAAAGAAGCAGAAAAUUCCCAGCGUUAAGGGAAGUGAAGAAUUCAAUUGGAAUACUCGAGCAACAUUCUUUAGAAAGAAGCCUGAAGAAGAUGUUAAAGUUGAGGCUUGGGAAAAACGGUUUUUUGGUGACAGAUGUCUUGGAUAUGUGACACUACCAAUGGCCCGAGCAAAUUGGUCAAAAUAUAAAAGCAUGAAUACAUCAACUCGUUAUGUUGUACAAAACAAGGAUGAAAAAUCUGGGAAUUAUGAUAAGAAUCCACAGUAUUUAUGGAUCAUUGUCCAACAAUCAGAAGCCCUUGAUACACUUUGAGGCACACAUCUUCAUAUUUAAUUUUAUAUUUACAAUAUUUGUUCUCUACAAAUGGUGGUACCCUGCUAGAAAUCUUUUUUUAAUUUUUGUUUUAUUUUUCACAACCCUCGACAUCACACUGAGCUAACUCCCUCUCUUAAGAAAGCAAAAAUGAAAUAAAAAAUAUAAAAAAUUAAGAAACCCAUUACAUUGUAAUGGUUUUAUUAAAUUGUUUUUAAGAACACUUCAAAAAAAGGAUAAAAAGAAUAUAAAUAUAUUGACACACACACACACGCUAUUUUAUUAAAGCUAAUUAACUUCACACACUGUUACUCAGAGUUUCAUGUGACUUUUCAUCAGACUGUUGUGAUAAUACAGACAAGUGAAGAAAUUUUAUAAAUAAUGGGUAUAUAUAAUGGGUAUAUAUAAAUAAUGGGUAUAUAUAAAAGUUUAUAGAUACCAAUUCAAUUAAUACACAUUUACAACUGAUUUUAAAAAAACAAGUGUAAAUUGGGAUGCAAGUGGAAGUUGACUGUAGAAGAGAAAUAUAUAUAAACAAUAGUUGAACUGAGAAUCUUUGUGUGAAGAGGUCUGCUGUAAAUGCUAGAGAAAAUGUGAACAGACUAAGAAACUAUGUCAAGAAUAAGAAAUUGCAAGUAGGGUUAGAAAGGAUAUAAUAGAAGUAAACCAAAAAUUGAAAUUAAAUUUAAAGAUUAAAAACUAAAGUUGAGAUUAAAAUAAGUAAAAAUGUACGAAUAAUAAUAGAGAAAAGAAGGAAACUCAAAAGGAGAGAAAUCAUUAUGUGAGAAAAGGAUAAAGAAAGAACAGAAAAGUGGGGGAUUAACUGAAGGGGAGGAGGGGUGAAAGGAUGAAUGUUAUUUGCAUAUCAAUAAUAUUAAUACAGCAAUUUGUUUUUUGUAUGUACCUGAUGCAUGUGUCACACUUAUGAUGAGGAAAUUGUUGAAAGAAAUUUUGUUGCUGAAAUAAAAAUUUUUAACUAAA